AUGGCUGACCUAGUAUCCGGGGACUCCAAAGAGUCGAUCAAAGGGGUGCAAGCUUGCCCUGAGCCAAUUGAUCAUUCCAUCUCCAACGGCGACACGGACUGGACUGUUGCUGAAGAGACAGCGGUUCGGAGAAAGUUCGAUCUUGUGGUCACACCUUUGUGCACCGUUCUCUACCUGUGCUGUGCUAUUGACCGCUCGGCCAUCGGAAAUGCCAAGAUCGAAGGUAUGGGGGAUGACAUCGGCCUUGUGGGCUAUCAGUACAACAUCGUCCUGACGAUAUUUUUUUGCAUGUAUCUGAUGGUCGAGGUCCCCAGCAAUAUCAUUCUGAAGAGCGUCGGUCCAAAGUGGUAUCUUCCCGGCCUAACCUUUGCUUUUGGGCUUGUGUCCCUCUGCACCGCCUUUGUCGAGUCAUACGCCGGACUGGCCGUCGCCCGGGCAUUCCUUGGUAUCUUCGAGGGCGGUGCCAUGCCGGCGGUCGCGUUCAUACUCAGCUGUUUCUACAAGAAGAAAGAGCUGUUUCUGCGCAUGUCCUUCUUCAUCGCGUCGAGUUCGUUGGCAAACUCUUUCGGAGGCCUCUUGGCCGCAGGUUUGUCGGAGAUCCCGCGAUGGGGUUCGCCCUCGGCGCCCUUGCACACGUGGCGGAACAUUUUCUUCUUCGAGGGUCUGAUGACGAUGAUGAUUUCUGCGUCGGCCCCCUGGUUCCUACCCCAGGGCCCGGCGACUGCAAGUUUUCUGACGCCGCGACAACGCUACAUCGCCGCCGAGCGCAUGUACCGCGAGAUCGCAGCGCAUCCAAAACAACGUGUCGGCUGGAAACACGUCAGGUCUGCCAUUUUCAAUGUUCACACACAGGUCUGUGCGUGGACAUUCUUCUGCUCAAACGCAGCGGUUCAGAGCUUCGGUGCCUUUGUCCCCAGCAUUCUUCGAGCCUUUGGCUGGACUUCCACCGAGGCCCAGCUCAAAUCGGUGCCGCCGUAUCUGGUUGCGUGCGUAUGCACGGUCGCUCUGGGCUGGGCCAGUGACCGGGUGGGUCAGAGAGGCAUCUUCAUUGCCGGGGUCCUGCCCACUGCCAUUGUCGGCUUCGCCAUGCUGCGUUGGACGGACAGCGCGUCGGCCAAAUACGCUGCGGUUUUCUUGAACGCCAUCGGGUGCUUCGCAGCGAGUGCGGGUAUGUUGAGCUGGGGGAUCAAUAACGCUGGGAACCCCGCGGCUGCAGCUGUAGCUGGAGGUUACAUCGUGGCCAUCGGUACCAUCGGAGGCGUUGUCUCCACAUGGACUUAUCUCCCGAGCGAUGCUCCCGACUACCACAAAGGCCACACCAUAUUCUUCGGCUUGAUGCUGUUCUGCUUUGCAUUGUCCCUGCUUGGUAUUGCCCACUGUGUGUACGAGAACCGCCUCCGGGCGAGUGGAAAGCGAGAUCACCGCCUGGACGGGGUAACAAGUGACGAAGCUAAGAUGAAUAAAGGCCACAAGAAUCCGGAAUUUCGAUAUAUGUUGUGAGUUCUUUGUGGGACAAGCAGCCGAUAGAGAAUGCGAAGUAGUGGACGACAGUCAUGAUCUGGCGUUACGCACCUCAGCGG